AUGGGGAAAGGCUUCUUUGGCUAUGUCUUCUCUAGUAAGCUCAGAUCCUUACAUUUUAAUACAGUAGAAUUAUGCCUAGCUCACUUUUGCGAUACACAUGGACCGACGCCCCUGAUGGUUACUGAAGGCCUGCCUGUGGGAUGCAACUCGUGCCCUCAAAGUGAUAAUAUUUUUGUACAGCCAUCAAAAAUAGGCUCGUCUACUCUUAAUACCACCAUUGGGCCAUCCGCUUUAACCCUCUCAGCGUGCCAAAAUAAAGAUAAGGAGCAAGGUAAAAAGGUUGCAUCAGCUUUCACGCCUCCACAGAGUCCGAAGGUUACUUUACCACACGCCUCAGGCGUUAAAUCCAAUGAUCCAGGGCUCCGCUGGAGUAACAAUGAGAGUGAAAGAAAGAGGGUAUCUCCAUGCGACAAUUGUGCCCUAACGCUUCCAAAGAAAACCUUACAGGAGGCUGCGCUGGCAUCUCUUCAGAAUAAAAGUCCUAUUCUACGUACUCGCAAACUUUAUGAACGAGUACCUAUACAGAUAGUAGAUGAUCAGUCACCUUCAAAAAUGAAAGCAACCAAGCAGAUGACUACAUCUUCCAAUAAAGACACAUGUCGAGAAACAAAUAAUGUCAGUACCUCAGCAAAAAGCUACAACUUUAAUCCCUCGGUCCGCUCUCACGAUCACUAUCUCGACUACACUUCAACACAUGAGCCAUUGUUGCCAUCUACUUUCUCGAAUGUACGACAGUCAUGCCUACGAACCCUCUCUUGUGAAACGCUCCCUCCCUCAACCCAAUCCAAAAUAUCUCAUUCGGAUCCAUACAGUAGCGCAUAUUCAAACUCUAAUUUUUCAUUGACCGCAUCAGCUGGUGGACCUAUCUUCUUCGGCGAUCCACUUGCAGGCUAUACUAUCGCCUACACAUUUCGAAUUCCAGAUGCAAAUGUUCGAGGUCGUAGUCGAGUCUAUGCUUUAAUGGCACUUACUUCGAAACGAGAACACGCAGCUAUGCAAGCUUUUUCUUACCUAUCAACAGCCUUUCGAGAACUGGCUCAAUGGAUCCUCACUCUUGCUGAACUAGAGCUUGAAAGAAAUGAAGCUCUCAAGUGCCCUACGAAAAGUGGUCAGCCACUCAGUAGUUUUCUAAAUGACUGCAGAAAAGGAUUACAUGAAGGUGGAAAGUUAAUACUCAAGAAUAGAAGCUUAGCGGAGGUGGUGGGAAUGCCAGACUUUUUUAUUGAGUUACACAGUCGAUUCGUAAGACUUUUGGCCGAAAUAAGUUUUUUGACUAGAUUUUGA